GUAACUACCCCUCUACCACAGUAAGAAAGCCUGCUCUCCAGUACCGCCAUGCGCACACCGUUUCCCCCUACAGCCAAAAUCAGUACAAAUGGAACGCAAGAAAUGUGGAAAACGGUCGUCCCGCGGCUCCACCGCGAUGCAGCUGGCGACGAGAAUACUGGAGCACGCCGCGACCACAGGAAGAGCACGAAGAAAUGCGGGGCCCGUUUCCGCUGCAACACUAAAGAGCAGUACGAGACCAUCCCUCCUCCUCGCCACCCGAACAAGAUCAAGACCGCGAAGCACAACCUGCUCACUUUCCUCCCCGCAACGGUUGUUCGCACGUUCCGACAGCCCGCGAACAUAUACUUCCUCUUCAUCUGCCUCUUCCAGAUCCUCCCCGAAAUCACUCCCACGAAUGGCGUUGUGUCGCAAUUACCAC